GUGGGCUUCCUCAACCUCACGAAGCAUGCUGCCUAAACAACAUUGAAAUCUGCAGCAGCGAUCUCAAGGUUUUCAUUUUCUCUAUUCAACGCAUCCGCCUAGUGAAUUCUCAUUGUGCUGAUUACCGCCAGCCCUUGUUCGCAAAGGCGAAACGAAUCGUGCGUCCGUGAUUGCUCCCCUCCACAAACGGCACGAAUGGGCCGAAAGCUGGCGAACGACCAUCUAAAUUUAGCCAUGGCUUCAUGUAUACCUGCAUGCACAGCUGCAAGAGCCAGAAACCAGGGUAUACCGCGAGAAAUGUGACGGCCGUUGGAUUGAGUCCCGCAUGUCCCUUUGUCCGUAUAUUGGCGAUACUCGCAACCGCAAUAUCAGAUCUCCAGGUCGUCAUGGUACUAAAACAGAAAACGGCCUACUUUCCCUCCUAGCCAGAGCGACCCUAGCAAGGCCGGCAAUAGCUUACCCGGCUG